CCUACUAUUUUACAAGGAAUAACAUCCAGUCCUCGAAAUAAAUCAAGAAGGUAUGUAGAAAUUGUUAACAAAAAGCAAAUAGGAUUAUGCAAAAAUGAGAGGUUACUAAUUAUUUAUUCUAUUGAUUGAAUAUAUCUAUUAGUAGCAUAAAAUAUAUUUUAUCUAUAUCAUAAAAUAUCAAUAAUCUUGGAGAGUCAAUCGUCAUCAGUAGUUUGUUCUCAUACUGAUCCUAUUUCUUUCUAUUUUGACGUUAAAAAUAAGUAGCAAAGUUAAUAGAGAAUUUUCACAAAGUUUCGAAGAGUUAUUAACCUUAAUUAUUGAAUUAUAAAAUAAAGUUAUUUCUGUAUUCAGCUUAAUAGAUCCAUCACCAAUUACCAUAAAUUCUCAUACUCUUCAAUCAAUCAAUACUAAUGCUCAUUCACUAAUUCCUCAUAAUGAUCAUAAUCGUUUAUCAAUUUUGGCUAUUGCACAUGCAGUUCGAAUGACAGACCCUGCAAUUUAUAAACAAAUUGGUUUAUCUCAACAACAACAACAACAACAACAAUCUCAAAUUCAAUCAAAUUUAUCUAAAGAUAAUAAAUAUUUUCAUUGUAAAAUAAUCUCUGAAAUAUGUUGUUUACUUCGUAUCAAUAUUUUUCGUAUAUUAAUUAUAUCAAUAAUUCUUGUUUGGUCAUUAGAUGAAACAAAUUUUUUAUUUCUUACCGAUCUUCUUAAAUCAUCUGGGCAAUCAGAACAACGAUCAACAUUAUUAAUUUCUAUCAUAGGUGUAGCUGAUCUUAUAGGACAAUUAUUUUUCGGAUAUUUGGGUGAUAUUGAAUGUAUUGAUACAUUUAUUCUAUGGACAUGCACAUCUAUUAUUGCUGGUUUAACACUUAGUAUAGCUCCAUUAGUUGGAUCUUAUGGACUUAUUGGUUUAUGUAUACUUUUUGCUAUUCAUGCUUUUUUUCUUGCAGCUCCUAAUGCACUGGGCAAUAUUAUUAUAAUAGAAGUUGUUGGUAUGCAUCGUUAUCCUAUAGCUUAUGGAUUUAGUUUACUUGUUAGUGGAUCAACAUCACUGUUCGGUUAUCCAUUACUUGGUUUGCUAAAAGAUAAAACACAAAAUUGGACAAUACCAUUUGCACUUGUUGGUGCUAUUAUGAUUUUUGGUGGUCUCGUAGCAGGAACAAUUCCAUUAUAUACAUUUUAUAAGAAGAAAAAAAGAAUAUCGAAAGAAAUACCAAUGAUUAUAAAAUGA